ACCGCCAUAUUGGAGUAGUAGUGCGUUAAUUUCCCCAAUAAUUCCGGAACAAGCCCCCAAAAUACUACCAUGCAGGUAUCAAAAACCCCUGAAAAGUGCUCAAGAAUGUCGACUGCGUAAACUCCCCCCAAAAUCCGUCCGGAAACCCCCCCGCCGUAUCACCAUAGUAACCAGCGCAUAACCUCAGUGCUCCGAAGCCACCCCGAACUGUUGAGUAAUAGUCACAAGUCAAGUCUCUCGUAAACAAUGUCAGGCAAAGGUAAACUCAACACCAAAAAAACCCCGAUAAAAGUGCGUGACAGUGUUAACAAAGUGCAGACCCCAGUGCAGAGUUCGGACACAAGUGCAGACUCUCCGGAGAUGGCGUCAGCCCUGCCAGUGAUAAAAGUAUGUGACAACAGUAAAUUAUUACCGAGAUACACGAGUAUCCUGCAGCGACCAGUGGACGAGGGUGUUGGAAUGGAGGACCUGGAUAUUUUGCAGCUGGAACUGGAGACACUGUUGUCGUCUGUGGUGGUGAGAAAUCGAAUGCUCCAGGAGGAGAUCUCGUGUCUCUCCUCAGCUGAGGAGCGAAGGGACAAGAGAUCGAAGAGUGGAAAGGGUCUGUCCCCCUUCGACAAGAAAAUUCGCGACGAAAAAUCGAGGACGAAGGACCUGAACGUCAAGACACAGUCGCCCUUGCCAGCUAAAUUAUUCAAAGCAAAGUCGACUGGCAGUUCUUCCAAUCAAAUUGUCCCCAAUCCCCACGAGAUCGUGAGGAUCGAGGGCUCCAAGACGGAUAUACCAAAGCUCCUGCUGCCUAAGAACGACACGACUAAUAAAUUCUGGGCCUCGGUGGACCCUUAUUGCUCUGACAUUAUGCCAGAUGAUAUUAAACUGCUGGAGGAGCUGAUUGCCUCUCACUCGGACACUGGGGACUUCAAGAAGAUUCCACCGUUGGGGAGACACUACAGCUACCUCUGGGCGCACAAUGAUCUGCUCCAGGAGGAGGACGCUGCCAAUCCCAACAGGGAUAAGAAGAAGGGGCGGUCAGAUGUCUCGGGGCUACUGGCCAAGGCUGAUAAGAAGGUCAAUGGCAUGGCUGGACCCCUCACACAGAGACUGGUCUCUGCUUUGCUGGAGGAGAAUGUUUAUGUUGCUAAUAAUAACAGUGAUAACAAAUUGUUCAGGGAUGGGGAUCCACCGGUGCUCAGGGAUCUCUCCAUACAGAAUUCAAUGAAUCUGGAGCUGAGGAUGCACAAGGAGCUGGUCGAGCAGGGAAUCCUCGAGCCUGAUGUCAAUAGGAAAAAUCAGGAGGACGAUGAGAUUCUUGCGGAGAUCAAGAGGUGCCAGCAGGACCUCAUGGCACUGUCUAGUCAUAAUGUAGCACAGUUGAAGAGACUUCUCAAUCUGGCGCAGGAGGAGAGCAAACGUCAGGCAUUGAAAAGGAAAAUCAGUGCUGCUGAUAAUGAGGUUGUGGAGCAUUAUAAGAAAUUGAUUGUGUCGAAGCAGAGGAAGACACCACUCACGAGGAAGGAGCAGGAGAAGGCGUGGACCUGCUUGAGGGAGAGGGAGGGCCUUCUUCAGCAGCUCAAUGGGCUACCGUCCAACAGCAUCGGCGAACCUGUCAAUCAUGCUGUCAAUUUGACUUCGUAAUUCGACGGUGAUGCUAAUUUAUAAAAGACUAUGUGGAGGAAAAUUUAACGAGGGGAGAAAUUCGUUCGAGAACUGAUUGUAUAAAUAAUUAUCGGAAUAAAAUUAUGAAAUGACCAAGUGAAUGGAUAUUGUUGGCCGUUUAAUUUUUUUAGAAAUCAUUUGGAGGGGUUUGAUGGUGAUGGGGGUGUGGAGGUGAAUCUAGAAUUUUCCUCAUUUUAGAGGGGCUUUUUUUGGAUGAAUGAAGAAAUUUUUGAGCCGCAAAGUAAGCACUUGAAAAUUUGAAAUUCAACGACCAGAAUAUCAUGUAAUGUCAAGGAAAAAUGACAAGAGAAUUUACUAUUGGACAACAACCAUUUACCGUUCAACAAUGUUGACGGACCUGUCAACUAUAGGGUCAAUUUGACUUCGUCAUUUGUUGGUAAUGCUAAUUUAUAAAAUACCAUGUGGAGGAAAAUUUAAUGAGGGGAAUUUAUUCGUUAACUGACUGUAUAAAUAAUUAUCGGAAUAAAAUUAUUGAAUGACCAAGUGAA